GCUCUCCAACACCCCCCUCUCUCUUCUCUCUCUUACUCUCUCUCUCUCUCUAACUAUUUAUAGACUAAUUAAAUGUUAAACUUUACUCCUACCAUUGAACCAUCUAAGCCGCCACCACCACCACCUCCUCUGGCGAUGGUGGCGCAUGGUUAAGGUCGAGCUCCUCCGGUGGACUAUAACUUUUCACACCGAUAUAUAUACACACAUAUAUAGAAAGGAAGAGAGAAAAUGGGUCAAGGACUUAGUUGCAAAACUAGCCAUGAACAUGGCCUAUUCACAGCUGUCCAGUUUGGGGACUUGGACACUGUCGACACUCUGUUGGAGAGAGACCCGACUCUCAUCCACCAGACCACAGUGUACGAUCGCCACUCUGCUCUGCACAUAGCGGCUGCUAAUGGCCAGAUCGAGCUUGUUUCUCUCCUUUUGGAUCGAUCUGUUAAUCCGGAUUUGUUGAAUCGUCAUAAGCAGACUCCGCUGAUGUUGGCUGCAAUGCAUGGUAAGAUCUCUUGUGUGCAGAAGUUCAUUGAAGCUGGGGCAAAUAUUUUGAUGUUUGAUUCACUCCACGGAAGAACCUGUUUGCACUAUGCUGCUUACUAUGGCCAUUCCGAUUGUCUACAAGCAAUUCUCUCUGCUGCUAAAACUUCUCAUGUUGCUGCUUCUUGGGGAUUUGCUCGGUUUGUAAAUAUUAGAGAUGGUAAAGGAGCAACCCCGCUGCACUUGGCGGCCCGUCAAAGACGGCCUGAAUGUGUCCAUGACCUAUUAGACAAUGGAGCUCUUGUUUGUGCUUCUACUGGAAAUUAUGGCUUCCCAGGAAGCACUCCACUUCACUUGGCUGCUAGAGGGGGUUCUCUAGAAUGCAUUCGUGAAUUGUUGGCAUGGGGAGCGGAUCGAGUUCAAAGAGAUUCAUCAGGGAGAAUGCCAUACACUGUUGCUCAAAAGCACAAGCACGGAGCAUGUGCAGCGUUGCUGAAUCCUACAUCAGCAGAGCCUCUUGUAUGGCCAUCACCGUUAAAAUUCAUAAGUGAACUUAAUGCAGAGGCCAAAGCUUUGUUAGAAAGAGCCCUAAUGGAAGCUAACAAGGAGAGGGAGAAGAACAUCUUGAAGGGGACAGCUUACUUGGUUCCAUCUCCGUCACAUUCCAAUUCAGGGUUUGAUGAUGACAUUUCUGAGACCAGUGACACAGAGCUAUGCUGCAUAUGCUUUGAUCAAGUAUGCACAAUUGAAGUCCAAGACUGUGGCCACCAGAUGUGUGCACAAUGCACGCUAGCAUUAUGCUGCCAUAACAAGCCUAAUCCAACAACAGCCUGCCUCACUCCACCAGUCUGCCCAUUUUGCCGAAGCAGCAUUGCCCAACUAGUGGUUGCCAAGAUUAAGAUUGAUGAUAACACCACUGAUUUCGACUUCGACUCCUCAAAGCUAAAAAAGUCAAGGAGGUCCAAGAACUUCAGCGAGGGCAGCAGCAGCUUCAAGGGCUUAUCAGCAGUGGGAUCAUUUGGUAAAAUGGGAGCCCGUGGCUCGGGUAGGAUUGCUGCUGAAAAUGAGUGGGUUGACAAGCCUUGAUACUCGGAUGAAAUUUGGUAUCAAGAAUUCGAUUUGGCGAUCCACGAUACGCCAAGGGUCCGGACGGUCCCCGACCCAAUUGAGUAUAUAUAGAAAUGAUAGAAAUGUCUCUAUCUUGGCUUGUAGAUUUGGGAAAUAAGCAAAGAAGUGAUUUGCAGGUUUGGGUUGGUGAGCUUAUAAUUUGUUGAAUGGGUCAGUCAUAUUUGUUGUAAUAUUUGUUUACUUUAGCUUGAAGAAGCAUUGGGUCCUAUUAGUUUCCUGAAUAGAAAAAGAAAAAAAAAAAAAAAAGAGAAUUCUAUUCUUUCUAUUUACUCUUACUUUUCAAACUAUAAUUCAACAUUCUGUAAUGUCUGCUUGUUAAACAGAGUCAACCAAACGCAGUUUUGUUUUGA